CCGGUUUCCAGAAAAGCCAGUACACCUCAUAAUGUCUUGGCGACCGAAGCGGACUCACACUCUCCAGACCCGGAGGAGACCGGUCCUGAGGCCCCCAACCCUCCUCCUACUGCUCUUGGGGGCCCUGGCCCUGACCGAGACCCAGGCGGGCCCCCACUCGCUGAGAUACUUCGACACCGCCGUGUCCGGGCCCAACCGCGGGGAUUACCGGUACAUCGCCGCCGGCUACGUGGACGACACACAGUUCCUGCGGUUCGACAGCUACGACAGGAGCCAGAGCCCGGCGCCGCCGCUGGUGCAGCAGCCCUGGGCGGUGGAGGAGCCGCAGUACUGGGAGCGGCACGCGCAGAACGCCAGGGACAACGCACAGAAUUUCCGAGUGAGCCUGACCAACCUGCGCGGCUACUACAACCAGAGCGAGAAGGGGUCUCACACCAUCCAGUGGUUGUACGGCUGCGACACGGGACCCGACGGGAGCUUCCUCCGCGGGUACUCUCAAUUCGCCUACGACGGCACCGACUACCUGUCUCUGAACGAGGACCUGCGCUCCUGGACCGCGGCGGACGCUGCGGCUCAGAUCACCCGGCGCAAGUGGGAGGAGGCGGGUGAGGCGGAGCACUACAGGGCCUACCUGGAGUGGGACUGCGUACAGUGGAUCCGCAGAAACCUGGAGAGGCUGCAGCGCGCAGAUCCUCCAAAGACACACUUGACCCAUCAUCCCAUCUCUGAGCAUGAGGUCACCCUGCGGUGCUGGGCCCUAGGCUUCUACCCUGCGGAGAUCACCCUGACCUGGCAGCAUGAUGGAGAGGAUAAGACCCAAGACAUGGAGCUUGUGGAGACCAGACCUGGGGGGGACGGGACCUUCCAGAAGUGGGUGGCCGUGGUGGUGCCUUCUGGAGAGGAGCAGAGAUACAUGUGCCAUGUGCAGCAUGAGGGGCUGCCCAAGCCCCUGACCCUGAGAUGGGUGCCACCUUCUCAGGCCAGAGAUGGCCUGGUCCUCCUUGGAGCUGUGGUCACUGGAGCUGUGGUCACUGGAGCUGUGGUCGUUGGAGCUGUGAUGUGGAGGAGGAAGCUGUCAGGGCCCUGGACUAGGGAUCCCUCCAGUACCUCAUGGCUCUGCCUCCUCUCUGAUGUGUCUGUCACGUAGCUUCUAAAGGGUGAGACAGCUGCUUCCAGCAAAUCAGUGAUGGAAGAUUCUUCACACACACACACACACACACACACACACACACACCCCAACCCUGCGUAUGUGACUUCAGGAACAUCUUUCUCUUUCUGCAAAGGGCAUCUGAAUGUGUGUGCGUUCCUAUCAGCAAAAUAUGAGGAAGUGCGAGGCUGGCCUUCACGUGCCCACCAUGACCCCUCCCCACACUUUCCUGUCCAGCAGAGGGGAGCUGGGCCCUCCCCUUCCCUGGGUUUACUUUGUGAAUAUGCACUUGUUUUUUCAUUUCUUUCCAUGAAGCAUUGAUGGGUUAAUUAAAGGAAAAGAUCCUAAAGUUUGAGAUGACAUGAAUGGAAGCACCAAGUCAAGUACUUUCCAGAAUCUGUGUGUUUACUGUGCUGAGUCUGUUGCCAGGAGAUGGGCCUGUGCGGACUGAGUGUGGUUGGAGCCUGUGCCCAGUCAGUGCUCAGUGAACCGUGGGCUUUGACAUUGUCACUCUUCAGCUGGGUCACCUCUCUGCCCCUUGGUCCUUGUCCCAAGAGGACCUGUAGUCUCAGGAACUCAAACAACCCUCAGGCCUUGUAAAUUGUCGCAAUGAAGAACAUCUCCAGGACUGUGGGCUGCGAGGGCCUGGUGGGGCCAGAUCAUCAUAGGCUCAGGCCUGGGUCUGGGUGUUUAUUUGCAGUUUCUUUGUUUCUAUAGAGAGCAGUGUGACUGUUUUUGUUCCUGUUAGGAAUUCUGGUCUCACUCUUUCGGUGUCCCCUAUCUGUCAGCAGCUGCAGGUGUUUUCCCUGUCAUUAUGCCCACAAGGCCCAGAGGGUCCCUGCGCACAGGAGUCUGUGGUAUGGAGACACAAAAUUUUAGUCAUCCUGCUCUUGCCUCCUCCUGGGCCUUCACUGUUUUUCCCAUCUUUUCCUAAACUCUCAAAGGAACCAGUUUAGGAAUUAGCAGAGAGGAGGAUCCUGUAGUUUCUCAUCUCAGACAAGUUCCUGUUGGAACUUUGCUCUGUUUACCUGCCCUCUCUCCCCACCCUUUGCUCUAGCGCUGGCUUCAGCAAGAACUCAGGGACCCACAAAGCACAGUCUACUUUAGAUUUAGGGAGAGCAGCACUGUGGGAGAAGUGCGAGUGCAUGGAUGUCAGUGUGAAUGCACGAUGUGCUGUAGCUGCCACAGAACAGCUGUGGUCUGAGGCCACAUUAACAAAGACCCUGGUCUAGCAUAGGAAGGUGCUCUACACUAACU